UACCACASUCGGUGCUUCUGGCGUUUUGCUUUGGGUUUCGGUCCAGACUGUGCUAUAUGCAAUACCUUCAAGCCAUCAAAACMCAUCGAGUUCGAGAUCAAUAGAAACARCAAACGCGAGUAUUCGAUAUUCGCGCACACCACACCGCAUAGAAGAUGGCAUCGCUCAACCGGGAGCGGCGAGAAGAUCCUUCUGGUGAGUCCGCACCUCUUCUGCAGCAACCGUCGCAACAGACAAGCCAUGCGGGUCUACCGCCAGUAGGUUACCCGGAGCAUUCCGGUAUGCMUCCACCUCCACCGCCGUACGAUUCAAACGCAAACGGAGGAAAUACGAUGGCCCCGAACGGAUCGAGUUAUUUCGUGCCUCCUCCCGGACACUACUUACCCACACAACAACAAMAGCAGCAGAGUCCGAUCAUCAUUCACUCCCCCAAUCAACCUUCUCAGCAGAUGGUUGGCCCGGGAGGUAUGGCGCCAUAUUACUAUCCAUUUCCACCCCAACAAAGUGGUGGUGGUCCUCCACAACAGCAACAUCCACAAUAUCAGUAUCCGCCCCAUCUCCUGUAUCCUGUUCAGCAACAACAGCGACAAAAUCAGCUGCUGCGAGCCGGAACCCCUAGUAGCUCCGCGCCAAAUCAUACGACCACUGAGUCUGGAGGUUUGCCACCCCUGAACGAUAUUUUCAAUAAAGAGGCAUCACCGACGGGAUACGGAAGCCUGAGCACGUCGCCAAAGAUUUACGAUGUUCCGAUCCACCGCCUCCCCCCCUCUGGAAGAGCACAGCAACCGACUAGCGGUCGAACGAACAACAAUGCAAACGAGUCGUCGCCGUCGUCGGUGCCGAAAGGAAGAAACCACCGCCGGGUCCAUUCCGACAAUCCGCUGCUUCGGAAAAACCGGAUGCAUCGCCGGGUGAACAGCGGUGAAUUCUUGGCAAAUGGACAUAAUCGAUCGCGUACGCUYAGCGGAGGAAACCCACUCGGAAGAUCCCGCAGUCACCGCCGUAGCGGCUCUUCUAGCAGUUACCACAGUAUGGGCGGAGGAAGYUACGGAGGUGCAUCGAUGGCCGAUUCUAGCAUGGUGUCGAUGCGCUCRAACAUUGCCAAGUCGAGCAUGUUCGGUGGCAUCGACCAGGAGGGAAGGCCUCUUCUGUACUUUCCCUACGAAGCUAUUCGAAUGGUUGCGAUUCCCAACAAAGAAACAAAGGAAAGGGCAACYAGGUCCAAGUAUUCCAGUUUGGAUUCUUCCAGUGACGAAGAUACCGCGGAGGAGGAAAAUUAUCCACCUCUUACGAUAGGCCAUUUGUAUGCCGACAAUCCGGUAAAUAUGACCGAAUACUACGAAGAAUAUCAUCGUGUUAGCGAUGAUUUGGAACAGGGCGUUACUCCACAAUGGGAAUCACUAGACGCCCACCCUCUCAAGAGCAAAAAGGCGGAAGGUAAAGGAUUCGAUCCCAAUAGCCCUGAACCACCACUAUUACCACCCACUAACUAUGUCUUGGCGGUCUCGGACGACAUAUACCGACGCAUGUUCUCUGAAGUAUCGAGUGCGCAGACCAUGCCUUGCGGCUUGUUCUUUUGUGGACACCACGAAGACGUUGACUACCCGAGCGUGUGGAUACCAGGAACUCUAGUGAUUAUUCUGUUUGGAACACUAUUAUUCCUGUCUUAUUACACAGGAGGUUAGAUAUGAUUUGGCGAGCAAGAGACCGAGAGAUCGAAAAACCAAUACCAAAAAAUUAUAACCGAGACG